AUGCCCACCAUUGUCACCGUGUCGCUGCAUGGGAGAGCCACGACGAUCGCCCCGGAAACUAAAUCUGAUGACCUCGGACAGUUGAAGUUGAUCGAUGGGGAUCUGAACACGCACGAGGGCUUCCAGGGACCUCUCCACAUCCUCAAGAGGGAAUCUCAAGUGUGGCCAUUCGUCAUCGAAAUACCCACUCAUAUUGAUCCACGCUCGUUGUCCAGGCAGGCCACUGGCGAUGAGGAGUGGGCAUUCUUGUCACUCCCACCAGACCAAGGCAUCUUGCAGUCGCUCCCUCUGUCGUUUGAGGGCUCCAGUUACCUCAUCUAUGCCAUCUUGAGUACUGGGCUCAGGCAACCUUGA